UCAGCUACUAUAAAUAGGUCCCCCUGGGUUACUUGUAUUGCAUGAAUUUCUACCGUCCAAAACACCAAGAUUGAUCGAGCAAUUGGGCUUUUGGGAUAGAUCAUCUUACUCUGUUGCUAAAUCUUGAUCUGAUAUUCCGAUAUGGCCGCUGUUGAGGUUGCUGCUAUGCCCGCUGAAGUUAGCCCUGCAACUGAACAAGUGCCCGUCAAGGCUGAAGCUCCAACUGUUGAAACUGUGGAGCAGCCCCCAAAGGAAGAAGAGUCUGCCCCCGUUGUUGAACAGGAGGCUGUGGAGAAAACAGUUGAAGAAAGCCCUGCUCCCGAGGAGACGAAAGCAGAGGAAGAAAGCCCUGAACCAGAGGUGGCUAAGGUUGAGGAGAUUCCAACCGAGGAAGUAAAAGAAGAGGUGGUGGAAGAAGCAGCGCCUGCAAAAGAAACGGAAGAAGAGUCCCCUGCUAAAGAAGAAGAAGAAGAAAAGGAGGUUGAGGUUGCUAAGGAAGUAACAGAAGAAAAGGAGGCUCCUGCUGCUCCAACAGAAGUUGUGGAGAAAGAAGCCCCUGCUGCUGUUGCUGAAACUCCUGUGGAGGAAGAGAGCCCUGCCGAGGAAGUAUCUGCUCCUGUAACAGAAGAAGUUGUGACACCAGCUGCUGAAGAAAAAGUGAAGACUGAAGCAUCAGAGUGAAGAGUGAUGGUGGGACUCGUAGAUUAAUAAGAGAUUUGCAUGUAGGAGAUCUAUAGAAUAGAUCAGGUCAGAUCAGAAUCAUCAGGUAAGGUGAUGUUUUGGGUGGGUGAUAUAGGUAGGUCAAGUGUAUGGGCCACAGUUGGAGGAUUCAGCUUCAGCUUUAGCUUCGGUUUCAGGGUGAUUUUAGUCUUCUUUCUCCAUCUCAAUCGUCCUACUUUGGCUUGAUUUUAAAGAGAAACCAAAAGCAUUUGUAUUUAGUUUUCAUCAUAGCAGUUAAGAAUGUCUGUCUAGAAAUGAUGGGAAGUACGGGUCCAGUUUAAUAUGCAAUUUGCUUUCAACAA